CAUCGGGGUUUUCUCUUACAGUGAGCGCCUGGCACUGACAAUGUGGACAUCAGCGGGGAAUAUAUAGUACAUCAUUUAAAUUCGCAUUGUAUUAUCAACGCAUUCAACUGCAUUAUUAACAGAAAGGUAAGUGGAAGGAGAGAGUCCUGACUCCCCCCCAUCCUCCCCGCCCAUUCCAUCAUCCGUAGAGCAUCUUUCAUGCGUCUCCCUGGGCUUGACUCCCACGUCAGGAUGAAUUGUGAGCAGGAUUUUGGAGAUGGAGGCAUGAACGUCACUCUAACGCUCCGACUGCUCAUGCAUGGCAAGGAGGUUGGCAGCAUCAUUGGCAAGAAAGGAGAUACUGUGAAAAGAAUACGAGAGGAGAGCAGUGCACGCAUCAAUAUCUCAGAAGGCUCGUGCCCAGAGAGAAUCAUCACCAUCACAGGCGCCACAGAGUGUGUGCUUAGAGCCUUCACUAUGAUCACAAUCAAACUGGAGGAGGAUUUGGCUGCUCUUGUGGCGAACGGAACAGUCACCAGUAAGCCUCCAGUCACGCUGCGAUUGGUUAUACCGGCCAGCCAGUGUGGUUCUCUCAUCGGCAAGGGCGGCUCCAAAAUCAAAGAGAUCAGAGAGAAAACAGGGGCUCAGGUACAGGUGGCAGGAGAUCUGCUCCCUAACUCCACAGAGAGAGGAGUGACGAUAUCUGGCAACCAGGACGCCAUCAUACAGUGUGUCAAACUCAUCUGCACUGUAAUACUGGAGUCCCCUCCAAAGGGUGCUACAAUUCCGUACCGCCCAAGCCCUGCUCCAGGAACAGUUCUUCUAGCUGGAAAUCAGGUUUUCGAAACAUCCGAGUUUGCGUCUCACCCGCUUUUCUCAGUGGCUCAGGGAGGGCUGGAUCUGCAACAAGCAUAUACUGUACAAAACCAAUAUGGCAUUCCACACUCAGAGUUGGCCAAGUUGCAUCAAUUGUCCAUGCAGCAGGGUCUUGCUCCCAUGGCGCAGCCCACAGCCACCCCAGUCCUGCCUGGCAUGGAGUCCAGUUCCCAGACAGCAUCCCAAGAACUUCUCAUUCCAAAUGAUCUGAUUGGUUCAAUAAUUGGCAGGCAGGGUACAAAAAUCAAUGAGAUCCGUCAAGUAUCAGGAGCUCAGAUCAAGAUCGGAAGUCAACUGGACAGCACCAGUGACCGACACGUCACCAUCACAGGCUCCCCAAUCAGCAUCAACCUGGCCCAGUAUCUAAUCACAUCCUGUUUAGAGACCGCCAAAUCCACUGCCCAGUCCUCCUCCAUGUCGACCCCUGUAGACCUCAACAUGAGCUUCACCCAGACUGCUUCCCCCGCAUCGUCCUCUGCCGCAGCCCUGGCAGCGAUGGGCGGCCUGCCCCAUGCUCCUAUCUUGGGAGCCCCCUAUACCCUCCCCCUCUCCAGCCUCCUGGGAAUCAAAUCCAUCCCCUUCCUGGCACUCUCUGCCCCUGCCGCUGCACCUGCCCACGGCACCUUGGCUUCCUACACCGCCAAGAUCUCCAACGCCAAUGGCAUCAAGAAACCCGAGCGACAGAAGUUUGCGCCCUACUGAUGCUUGUCGAGAGGAACCACCAAGAGCCUCCCUUGUUCCUGAGAAUGAACCAGAGAGGAACAGUUUCAGGGUUCAUCUCUUCUAGCCUGAUGUAGCCGUAUAGACUGACUGUACCGAUUUCUUCGCUGCAAAAAAAAUUAUUUUCUUCAACAGUAUUUUUGUCUUGUUUUCAAGUAAUAAUGUCUUAACGCAAGAUAAAUUUACAUUUUUGAUUUAAAAAAUUGUGUAAUAUAAUCAUAAGUUUGAAUUGCUUUUGGCAACUUUUUUCUUGUUUUAAGCAUAAACCUCAAAAAUUUUUGCUAGAUUUAUACUUAAACCAAGAAACUAAUUUGCCAAUGGGGAAAUUGUGUUUGUCAAAAACUUAAUUCGAAGUAUAUUCUCGGUAAAGAAGUCUUAUUAUCUUACACAAUUUUGCUUAUCAAGUACUGUUUUAAGGAUGUUUCAACAUUUUAACUGUAAAACAAUACAAAAAUGCUGAUUAAGAAAGUAAUGUUUGCAGUGUUUUUGGUUUCGUAGCUUAUCCUGAAAAAUCGUAGGAAAACAAUGUCAUAAUUAGUUUUAUUUAUGUUGUUUUUUUUGGCUGAGGUAGCCGCUAAAGCCAUAGACUAUUCCUAAUCUCCUAUUUUCCCGAAAUCUUUACACACGUUUAAUGUCUACUGUUAUUUAUUGAUAACGACUAAAUAUUCCUGCAGAAUAGUUUCUAAUGUAGAACACUGUUGACUGAUGCUAAUCUCUUACGUAUCAGCUUUUCUACAAUGAUGUCUGUGAAUGCUUCUGUAUACAACUUCCUGAUUUUUUUUUAGGAAUCUUUAAACGAUGUCAAAAUAUGAAAAAAAAAAAAAAAACAGUUUUUAAAAUGACAACAGAUCUAAACCUUGCUUUUGUGUUACUUUAUUUUAUUUAAAAAAAAAAAAAAAAUCAUUUUGUUCACAUUAGUUUAAAAAUGUUAUUUAUUUUAUUUAUUGUGCGGAGUGUUUCUUUAA